AUGACGGGUGUCGUUCUCGUUCCAGUCAAUAGAGAGACAAGAAAUGGGUCCACGAAAUGGGAUAAAAAUGGAAAGGAAGCAGAUGCAGGGUUGGUUCAAAAGUGGAGCAGUGGUCGGUUGAGCAGAACCUCAGAAUAUAGCUACAAAGAUACUGAAUCCAUGAUGUAUGGUGGCAUGACCCAGGGGAGGUGCUACCCUGAUGAUGCAUCGGUAGAGAGUCUUCCGAGGAAUGGUUUUCCUUGGGGGAGUAACGAGGGGUUCCUUCAUGCAAAGGAUAGCAAUCAGUACGCUGUGCUGGGAGGAAGGGGAAGUCACUACUACGAGAGCGGUGGAGAAUGGUAUAACCCAACUUCUGUUAGAAGGCUGUCCGGGGAGGGCCUCCAAAGAGGGGCUAUGAUCAACUGGGAGGAAGGAGGCUAUACAGAUGGGUUGGAGAGUCUGAAUUCGAUUCCCCCUGGGGGAGAGUCGGUGCGCUCAUGGGGGAAGCACAUCGAUGGGGUGACCGCUCUCACGAAUGAAGAAGCUGCGUCAGAGGAGGAUGCAGCCCACCUCCCCGAGUGCACCUACAACAAGGGAGACUUCACCGAGUGGGUUUCGCACAACCGGUUAGUGAAAAACAUCAUUUCGUCGCACAACGAGGAUGGUCAUGUGGAGAGGCACGGGCUGUACAGCCUGCUGUUCGACGCCUACGGACAUAACAAAGAAACGUUGAGGAGGUACCUCCGGGGAGAGCGCGACAGCAGUGUGGACGAACUGAUUGGGCGGGUAGUUCGCGAGAUGGGGGGAGGGAAAAAGAGGGAAAAAGAGAGGGACUCCGAGAGGGACUCCGAGAAGGACAAAGAGAAGAACUCAGAGACGGACUCAGGGAAGAACUCAGGGAGGGACCCCAACACAGACCCAUACUCACACGGAGACAUAGCCCAAAAGGACAACCAAAGUUGCAACAAAAUUGUGGAGAAAAUAAUCCUCCUCAAGUACCUAUUCAAUCAGUACGCACACACAGAGUACCCCAACUUCAUAUCAUUUAAGCGUUUCAAAAAAAUGUUCGAAGAAAACCGAAAUGUGUUUGCUUCUGAGAAAAUUAUCCUUUUUAUGUUUAACUGUCUGGAUCGAUGUAGGAGGUACUACGUUAGUGAGUCGGACUUCCUAAUCGGCAUGCUGGCAUGCAGUCCUCAAAUGGAGAAUGACAUUACAAAGGAUGCAGGGAAGUUAAGACAUCAGCUCAUAUUUAGAGCAUACGAUUUAGACAGAGAUGGUUACUGGAGUAGAGAAGAAACGUUUGUUUUUUUGUAUCAUCUGCAUGAAUUGUCUAAAAAUUUCAAGGAUGUGACACUUCGGGGAAAUAAAAAAAAGAUGAAAAAAUUUGUUGGUGUCGAACGGGACAAACUGAUGAGGAAAUGCGAGAGGGUUAGCUACGAUUACUUUUACCACCUUGUGCUGGACAAGAGAGUUCAGGGCACUCAGAAUUUACUCAGAUCCAACUGCGACGUGGCGAGCGUUGUGAAGAAGCACUUUCUCUACGCCUGCGCGGGGGGGAGCCAAGACGGAGGGGGGCUGGACAAAGAGGGUCACGACGGAGAGGGGCUGGACAAAGAGGGUCACGACAAAGAGGGUCACGACAAAGAUGGUAUAAACAAAGAGAGUGUGGACAAAGAGGGUGUGGACCCCGUGGAGGGGGCGCAGUUGAAAGGGGGCGACGCGCAGCAGGGCAGCUCCGCAGAGUUACAUGGAGAGUCUACCACGGGGGAUCCCAACUCGGAGGAGGCCCCGCAUAUGAGCGCUACUUCAAUUAAGGGGGAGGAUGGCCCUGAGGUAGCGCAGAAGAGACUGGCGGAUGGCACAAACAGUUCGAAGAGCGAACAAGAGGGGAAAUCAAAGGAGCGAAUUGAGGGACAAGCAGAGAAAGCAGCAGAGGGACACGCAGAGAAACAAGCUGAGAAACAAGCAGAGAAACAAGCAGAGAAACAAGCUGCGAAACAACCGCAGAGUGACGGCGGAGCGGCCGAGGAACCCCCCUGUGGGCACUCGAAUGAAACCCCAAGGGGGGGCGACCUGAAUGGCGCGGAAACGGGGGACGAGGAGGUUGGCGAGGGGGGAGAGGACAAAGUGGGAGAGGACGAAGUGGGAGAGGACGAAGUGGGAGAGUGGGGCGAGGCGAACGAUGAGGUGGAAGGCCGCGAGGAAAAUGCUCAGGUGAGCGCCACCCCCGGGGAGAGACCAGACAGGGAGAGCAGCACCGACAGCAUACCGCAUUUCGGGGGGGGUCACGAGGAGGAGCGUGCCGACAAGGAGGAGCGUGGCAACAAGGAGGAUCGUGCCGACAAGGAGGAGCGUGCCGACAUGGAGGAGCGUGCCAACAGGGAGGAGCGUGCCGACAUGGAGGAGCGUGCCAACAUGGAGCAGCGCGCCAACAGGGAGGAGCGUGUCAACAGGGAGGAGCGUGUCAACAGGGAGGAGCGUGUCAACAUGGAGCAGCGUGCCAACAGGGAGGAGCGUGCGAGUCGGAUCGGCCCCGAACGCAGUUGGAGCAGCUGCGUGGAAAAGAUGAAGGAAAUAGUGAAGGCGUACAGAAAAAAGCACCUAACGGACAGGACAAGGCUGUAUGGACUGAACCAGGACGUAGCAUUUAAGAUAUUCACCAGUUUUUACAAAAUGAGUUACAAAAGAAAGAGAGAGAAAUACAGCCAGCAGUUUGAUAGUCUCUGCACAGCUGUGUGUACCUACAACAACAUCAUCCUUCUGUGUGAUGAAGCCGCGAAGGUAUUUAAGGGAGAGGAUUCGAUAGAGUACGUGGAUCUCCCCUGUAAGGUAUUUGGAGAUCUACAUGGAAAUAUUUUCGAUUUGUUAGACUUUUUUAACAUGUAUAAUUGGCCUUUGCAUGGAGAUACGAACGAGUGGUUAACCUUACAGGAAGUGGCUGCUAUGACAGAUACAACGUCUGUCUCGAUGAAGAAAUCAAAAGAGGAGACUCUUCCAUAUGUUGGAGGUCACGAUAAGGACGUGAAGUAUGUGUUUCUUGGAAAUUACAUAAAUAGGGGAAAGCAUUCAUUAGAGGUUAUUUGUCUCCUACUUAGUCUAAAAAUUCUUUUCCCAAAACACAUAUACCUCCUGAGGGGGAACCAUGAGGAGAGGUUGUUCAAUUAUGUUCAUGGGUUCUAUGAAGACAUAGAAAAGAAAAUGGAAAAAAAUAUCAAAACGGUAGGGGUGAUUAGAUACCAGGGAGAAGUAAUACAAGCUCAUGCUUAUGAGUUGUUCAAUCGGAUUAAUGACGCGUUAGAGUUCUUACCUCUCUCCGUGUUAGUUGGUGGAAGCAUCCUUUGUGUUCAUGCAGGUAUUGGGGAUAGUCUCAACAUGGUGCAAGAUUUUGGAGACGUUCACAAACCGAUUGUGGUGCCCCAGUUUGUUGACAGAAGGAGGAACGGUAACUAUGAGCGUGUUCAGAAAAUUAUUAUCGAUACGUUGUGGUCUGAUCCGAUUAACUAUGAGGAUGAACAGGAUGUAUUUUUUUUGGAAAAAUUGAAACCAGGGGGAGGGGAUAUUAUUCCUUCCAGUCGAGGGAAAAUCACUCUUAAGUUUGGAGAGAAAAGAUUGUCUUCUUUUUUGAAGAGGAACAGACUUAAGAUGGUCAUUCGAGGACAUGAGUGUGUGCAGGAGGGGUACAGGUACAGCUACAGUCGGCGUUUGCUCACUCUGUUUUCCGCUACGAAUUACUGCGACAGACAUGGUAACGAUGCGGCCAACGCGUUCAUCGUUAGGAGGGGCAAGAGCAUCGUCAUUUUUAACCAGAUUUUGAAGUGCCCGUUGGGGGGGCAGCUACAGGGGCGAGACCAUGCAGAGGAGAGGGGGGAAAGAAAAAGCGGACCGCUGAAAUGGGUGAAACCGCUGGAGCAGGUGGAACUGUCGGAACAGGCGGAACAGCUGGACCUGCCGGAACAGCUGGAACUUCCGGAACUGCCCGAACUGCCGCACAAGGUGAACCGGAAUGGCCCCCCCGAUGGACCCUUCCCGAGAGAGCAGGCUGCCCCCUACCCGCCAGAGUCCCUUCACUGGGGGGACUUCCCCCACGAGGUAGGCCAACCACAACACGGCGCACCCGCGUUCAGCGGACAUGGAAUAAGGAGCAGUGUACGAUCCCCCUCGGAAGCAUCCCCCCAUGGAGUGGAAAAUUGGAGAAGUGGUGAUCCAUUCUCCAUGGUUGACCAUAUUGGAGACACCUCUACCGAUGGUAUUGGCGGACAACCGAAGAUCGCCAUGAGCAAAGUAGCACACAGUGUUAGAACCCUCGGGGGGGAAGAAGAAGAAACGGAGGAAGUGCCAUGCAGGAGGGUGGACGAGGAAGUUACCCCGUUUGGCCCCAAUGAGAAGGAGUUCACAUCGGAUGGGGAUGCAGUGGAGAGGAGAGACGACGUUGAGAGCAACCUCAUCCUCAGGGAUAGCCACCCAGUUGUUAAAAGGAAAUUGCGAGACACGAGGAGCAAUGAAGACAUGAACUUGGGUGUGGCCGUGCAGUUGGAACAGAGGGAAGGCGUGCCCAGUCGCUUCGCGUGCAGUGGCGCAGCUGGGGGUGGCGCUCACCGUAACGGUGGCCGUGAUGGUGGCCAUGAUGGUUAUCGUGAUGGUGAUGCUGGCCGUGGUGGUGGCCACUUCCUGAACAACUCGCGUAAUAGCAUAGGCGAUGACCAUUCGAAUGGAGACACGAAAGAUGAUAACUUUGAGGAGGGUCCACUAAGGAAUAGCAUCAGCGCGAAUGGGACCUUCUCAUCGGAAGGGGGUCUCUAUGGCAGGUGUUCACAUGAGAGCAGCGGGAGGAGCUACACAGGAGAGAUGUCCUCCCCCAAACUAUCUCCCUUCAAGGGUGAAGAUUUGGAGAAGGGGGGAGUAGAAAACGUGGAGAUGGAUAUUGAUAUGGAGAAGGCACAGAACCGACAAGAGCGUAAAUCCCAGUUGAAGGAAUAUCCCCAUUGGGAUGGGGAAUACCUUUAUGACGAUUACCAACAGUCCUUGGACAACCCCUCCCAUGGAGACGCUUUGAAGAAUCUCCCUUAUGAUGAGUCGGCUAGCAGCGAUGAACUCCCGUGUGCAGGUGAUAUGAAGCAAGACAGUCGAGUCAACACAAAUGCAAUCAUCGAGAAAUUUUUCCAAAAUGGAGGAAGAGAUCAUGGCAGUGAUGAGCAUAGCUAUAUUGAUCAUUUGGAGGAUAAGGAAAUGGAAAGAAGGGGGGACGAUUUAAAUAAUUUCCAGUGUGCAAAGUUGACUCCUUUGUCCAAGCGAAUGGACGAUGUGAAUGUGCGGAGGGGAGACGAAGGAGGAGAGUGGAUGCAAAAUGGAAGUUGUGCAAACCUGAUGGAUGAGCUGAUGAGUAAACCGAUGGAGUACUUGAUGAUGCCUCCCGACUUGGGGUUGGCUAAUCGGCCAAAGUUGCGACGGGAUAGCCAUUCGAACCAGCAGAAGAAGGAGCACGGCUCCGCCACCCUGCGCAGUUUGCGAAGUUUGAGGAGCGAAAAGGACACGAGCGAGUCGCUCAGCAA